AUGCACCCUUUGCAUUGGGCAGCGCUCAAAUCUAGUGCCAGAUCGACGUCGUUUCGGGUGCGAGUGUCGGGCGCGAGAGCCCGACUCAACCAUCAUGCGCAGAGAAACUCGUCGCACUCAACCAAUUCUGGCCCUGUGAAAGACACAACGAGCCCUCGACCAACGUCACAAAAUACAAUCCCUCCUCACUCGCUUCAUCAAGUUCCCGUCGGCGAGACUGCGAAGCCCGUCGACCCCGUCGAUAUCCCGAUCCAACUGUGGUAUCACCGUCUGGGACCGGUUUCUACAUUCUUUCAAUGGUUCCACCGCACCCAGUUGAAGAGGCCUUAUACUGUGCAACUAUGCACGACCCUGACAACCUACCUUUGCGGUGAUAUUCUGGCGCAAGACAUAGGAGGGGAACCGUACAACCCAUGGCGGACGCUGAGGAUGUUGACGAUUGGAGCCCUCGCGGCGAUACCGGGUUACAAAUGGUUCCUCUUCCUGGGCCAGAGUUUCAACUACCCCUCGAAAAUCGCUUCCAUCGCGACAAAGGUUGCUGUAAACCAAGUUGUUUUCACUCCUGUAUUCAACACAUACUUUUUCGGCAUGCAAGCCCUGCUGACCGGCGAGCACACGAUGGGCAUCAUUAUGCGCAUUCAAGCUGCGGUGCCAAUCAGCAUGCUCAAUUCUCUGAAAUUAUGGCCUGCGGUGACCGCCUUCUCUUUUGCCUUUGUUCCGCCUCAAUACCGCUUCAUGUUCUCCGGGAUCUUUGCCGUUGCGUGGCAGUGCUAUCUGAGUUUUCUCAACCGGACGGAAGAGAAGAUUGAAGCGCAGAUUGAUACGCUGAGCAGGCCAGUGCUGAAGGAGAGCAUGUUGACGAAGUGA